AGAGGCUGUCUAAAAUUAUUAUGUUUUGAUUACGUAUACGGUAUAUCACACAUUUUUUUUUUUACUCUUAUGUUGUGAACGCGUAAGCAAGUAACUGAAUAACAAAAAAAAAAUUUAUUACUGAAAUGAGAAGAAAAAAAGAACACCUCUCCCCAAGAAAAGAUGGAUCGCUUGAAACCUUACUUAACCUUUUUUCACCACAUUUCACGCGUCAACUCGUCUCGAUCACAACUAUAAACCCUAAGUCCACCCUCUCCUCAAUUUUUCACAACUCAAUCUCUCUCUCUCUCUCCCUAAAUCUCUUCCUCGCUCUCUACAUUCACAUUAACAAGAAGAAAAGAAGAAGCAGGAGACAAAGAAAGGAAGAAGAACAAUAUCUCUCGCUCUAACUAACAACUCAUAGAUCAAGAGAAAAUGGCCCAAUUCAUGAAGUUACUCGUGACAAUUGCAUUAACAACCGUAGUCAUAAUCGCCAUCAUCACCACCAAAACCACCACCAAGACCGCAACCUUUGCUCUCGAAGACCCUUUCAAGGACCUUACGCCACCAGGAACGAUUAAGAUCAGACCAAGUCGGUUCUUGGCAGAAAAAGUCGACCAGGGUAAAGGACCAAAAGCCCGUAACCCAAACGCAGCUGACCAUUGCAACAAGGACAAUGAAAUCUGUAGCAGCAGCGAUUACAGCACCGGAGCAAACGCUACAAUGGCUUGUUGUAACAACAAGUGUAUGGAUUUAUCAACCGACGACAAAAACUGCGGUGCAUGUAAGAACAAAUGCAAGUUCGGACAAACGUGUUGUCGUGGUCAGUGCGUAUACGUUGCUUACGAUAAACGUCAUUGCGGUGAGUGUAACCAUCGUUGCGAUCUCGGCGAGUUCUGCGUCUACGGUCUCUGUAACUACGCGUGAUGAAUCAAUCAUUCAUUCACACUAACGAAAAAAAAAAAAAAGAUUUUAAGUAAAAUAUACGAUGAUUUAUUUACAUGGACACUGAUUAAAAAAGGUCGGUCCAAUUAAUUAUUUACUUAAUAAUUAAUUAAAGUGUUGUGUGUAUUUUUGGAUUCCCAUAAUGUUUUGAGGGGUAUAUAAAGGAGAUUAUUUUUCUAUAUUUAAUGUCUACGAAUAAAAUGGAACAUAUCCUCGUUCCAAUAUUAAUGCUGUUUAUUUAGGUUUUAUGAUUAGAGUGUAUAAAGACACUCCAAAAUAAUAUCAUGAAUAAUGUUUUUAUACGUAUAAUACAUAAAAUAAAAUCUCUUUCCUCAUAGUUGGUCCCUGAUUUACUAUCAAACAUAGGUUCCAAUUGCAAUUGUGAAUUGCCAAGAAGAAUUAAUGGGUGGGACUUUAAAUUUUGAUUCAAAACCCUUUAUUUUUAAAAAUAAAAUAAAAUAUAGCGUAAAUUUUGCACACAAACCCUAACUAAGAAAAUAAAUUCACUUUGGUGCUUUCUAAUUUAUUUAUGGAUCAUUUUUGGUAUGUAGCGGGUUAACUCAACAGGAAGAACAUAACCAAAACACAUGACGUCAUUGUCAAAGUCAAUAGGUUGACUUUAUCUGAACCAACUCCCGAUGGAUACCAACCCAACGGGUCAAAACGUGACAAAUCGGGUCAAAAUCAAAAACCUCAAAACUCAAAAAUAUAAGGAGAGAGAUCUAAUUAAAACCCGUGAACACUUGUUUCAUCUUCUUCACAAAAAACCACACGUCCAAAUCACAACCUCAAAUCUCUCUCUCUCACAGACACAUACACAUAAUUACAUAAACACGUGAAUUUGCUCUCUUUCUGGUUCACUCAUCUACCAUCUAUAUAAAUCUGAAAGAGUGUUUGAAACCCACAUCGAAAAAUCUAUCCUUUUUGUUCCUUCCCCGGCGAAUCUCCGGGGAAAUUGGUCAUCGGUAAUCACGGCUAUUUACGGGAUAAAGUCACGGCCUUUGAGCUUUCAUGUCCAACGAAAGGGUUGUUUAAUCAUAACUAAUCCUUU